GCGGGGUCGCACACUACUGGGACAACGGCGGCAACUUCGGCGUUCCACAGCCGCCUCAGCAGCGGCUCAACGCCCAAGCGGCGCAGCUCAGCACCGGCAAGGUGCCGCCCUACUGGACUCCAGAGCUGGAGCUCCAGGGCUACCCGUUUAGGACGUACCUACAGGACGUCCGCAUCUGGAGCAGCUCUUCGGAGCUGAACGUCGAGGCCCAGGGCGGCGCGGUGGUCCAGCGCCUUGGCGGCGUGGCCCGGUCGUGCGCCCGGGACGUGGACCCGGAGAUCCUGCGCAACGGCCGCUUCCAGCUCGACAACAUGGGCCAGCAGGUCUUCGACCUCCAGGGGAACCCGGUCGUGGUCUCGGGCCUCGAGUUGCUCCUCAACGGCCUCGCCCGGAAGUUCGGAGCCAGGGAGUUCGAGACCUCGGUCUCCUCCGUGAUUGAGCUUCUCACCUUCCGCCGGACCCCUCGCGAGCCUAUCGACGACUGCUUGGGCCGCUUCGAGCUCAUCCGCAAGCGGGCCAACGAGCGCGGCGACUUCCAGAUGGGCGUGGGCGGCCUCAGCUGGAUGCUGCUCCACCAGCUGGGCAUCCACAAGAUGCACUGGCCGCUGCUGCUGUCCGCCCACCAGGGGCGGUUCCCACGAGACGAGCCGGGGUUCGAGGCGCUCUUGACGCAGAUUCGGGACCAGUGUCAUCUGUUGGAGCGCUCCCACGCCGGCGCCAGGACCCUCGAGGAAGGCUGGCGCUUCCCGGCGCACACCGGUUCGUACUGGACCGAACCGUCGGCAGCGACGGGCGCUGACGGCUUCGGCGACGGUCCCGGCAUGGACGCCUUCGCGGCGUGCAGUGGAGGCGAGGUCCCAUUCGCCUCCGGCCGCGGCUCGCAGCACGGACAGUGGGGUACCAACUGGGCCCCAGAGGGUACCGAAUGGGCCCCAGAGGCAUCUUACGAUGCAAGCUACUACGGCGAGCCCGACUCCGAGAGCGAGGACGAAUUCGAGGGCACCGACGCCGAGAACUUCGAGUACUGCGGCGACCUCUCCAACGUCACCUACGACGAGGUGCGCCACCAGUACCUGGUGGCGAAGAGGCGCUUCCGGAGGUUCACCGGCCGCCCUCCGCGUCGUCAUCGUCUCGAGAAGGGUAAGGGUAAGGAUCGAGGUAAGGGCUAUGAUCCACGGUCUUCGGGAAGCCCUGCUAAGGGCGGCGGACGCGGCCACAACCCGUUCGCCGGCGGCCACUACAUGCAGGGCGGGCCCAUCAACUCCAAGUCCCUGGCCGGCGGCAAGGGUCGCGGCAAGGGGCUCCACGGCGCGCAGGCCCGAGUCCGUAAGCUGAACCCGAUCGGCGCGGACGGCAAGCGCCUGCUGUGCCACGAGUGCGAGUCCGACCAGCACCUCAUCAAGGACUGCCCGCGCCAGCGGCACCACUACGCCGACCCCAACGCGGGCUGGGCCAACUCCAUGGCCGGCGGUGGUGCCAGCUCCUGCGGCGCUGGCGGACUCUGUGGUGUAUCGCCGUCGCCAGGGGCGCACUUCCACUUCGCUACGCCUGCUGCUCCUGAGGCGCAGGACCCGCACCAGUACCCCGUCCAGUUGGAGAUGGACGACUCGUGUUACAUGUGCGAGGUCGAGGAGAACACCGACAGGUACUCCUACCUGGUGAAGCUGACCGAUCGCGACGGCGAGGCGCUCCUGGCUGAUCCCGGAUCUCCCGACAACCUCGUCGGAGAUCGUUGGUGCGAGCGUCAGGCACGGCUCAUCAACCAGGCCGGAUUCAGCCGACCGCAAUCUGAGCAGAUACCCACGUUCCGGGUCGGCGGAGUUGGGAAGCACGCGCAGGAGUGCAACCGCAAGAUCACCAACGCCAUUGGCCUGGAGGACGGCUCCACGGGCUCAUGUGCGGCGCCGGUCAUUCCUGAUAGCGACGUGCAGGCCCUCCUCGGGCUCAGGUCGCUCACCAACCAGCGGGCUAUCAUCGACACCUACAACAACAAUCUGUACCUUGUUGGCCCCGGCGGCUACAAGAUCCAGAUGAGCCCCGGCAGCAAGGUGCACGACCUCAAGAGGUCCAACACCGGCCACCUGCUGUUGCCGUGCUCCGAGUUCGGCAAGAACCAGCGGGCGGACACCCAGAAACGCGUGUCAUUUCCCACGGAGCGGCACGAUGCACUAGCAAAUGCAGUGCAGGUUCGGCGCGUGGACUGCCUGUUCAAGCUCAUCGGGGAGCGUGCCGACCGAGUCAACCUGCAGUUGCACAGUGACCGACCUGAGCUGCUGUGGGCUAAUGACAUCAAUGUGGGCACGCCCCGAGGCAGCAGGCGUGACAGGCAGGCCGUCAGGAUUUUCGUCAGAUUGGCCAGGACGCAGCUCGCGCUCGGCCAGCACUUCGUGCUCGACUCAAACUCCAGCAGCCUGAUCUGGGAUCAGGACGGAUAUCGGAAACCCGAUGAGCCUGACACUGAGCGAAUCCGAAUCGAAGCUCUCAUGGCCGAGGGUACCAACGGGGCCCUCGAGGCCUUCCCGACUGAACAGCGGGGGCGAGCCAAGGCUGAGGCAGCCCUGGCCAAGGCUGCGGGCACCGCGCCCGUCGUGAAGCGCAAGAAGCCCCAGGUCGUCGAGCAGCACUUCGACGACUGCGGCUCCGACCUCACGCCCUUGCUCUGGGUCGACCGGUUCGACGACGACCGCUUCCAGCAGCUCUUGGAUGCUCCGGAGGCUGACUACCACUUUGGAUUUCGGGGCCCAGACCCGGGCGAGAUGCCGCGGGAGCAUUGCAUCCUGGAGCCAGCUCGCUUUGAAGCUGCUGAUCUUGAGGCCUUUCUGACCUCUCACCCGCACAAGGUGGACUUCGUGGAGAUCAUGGGCGGCCUCGGCCGGACCGCGGAGAUCCUCGUCCACCGCAACUGCGUGGGCGGCCUCAACUUCGACUGCAUCGCGGGCUUCGACCUGACGAAGGACAAGGACAUCGCCUAUCUUCGGAAGUACCUGGACGCAACGGAGCCCGAUAUCAUCAUCAUGGCCCCUCGGUGCGCUGGCCUGAACGGCUGGCCAGCCCUCAACCGCACCAUCUUCAGACGGGGUCGUCACUUCAUCGUCGAGAACCCCGUGGGCUCGGAGCUCUACCAGAUGGACCACUGGGUCGACCUCAAGCGCAGGUACGACCUGGCCGUGGUUAGGUUCUACCAGUGUAUGACGGGCCUCAUCGGCCGUAAGACUGGCUUGCCCAUCCAGAAGCACACGGAGAUGUGGGCCAGCGAUGGCGGGCGACCUAAGGCGACCCAGAAGCGUGUGUACACCUGUCCUGGGUGCAAGGGGCACAAGCAGAUGCUGGGCCCUCGGCACGCGCGAGAUCACACGUUCAAGUACCCGACGGUGGACCAGCGCCGGCUGCGGGACGUCAUCCCAGGGACCCUCGAGUCCCGCCCCAAGUCCAUCACGGCGACGCUCUGGCUUGCCUCGGCAUUCAACGAGGUGGUGCAGUGGGACAUCUUGUUCCACAGGACGAUCAUGAUCAGCCACCUCCUGGACGAGGCCAUCAGAUUCUGUGCAGCCUCGAGCCUGGCCGACAAACGUGCGGCCUCUAUCAUCGCGGCCAUCGCGGUGGACUGGCUGCGCCCUCUGGGUCCCAUGCGGGUACUCGUAGCAGACCAAGAGGGGGGCCUCAUGCCGGGCGAGGCGGCGCAGUGGAUGGACCGCUGGCAGAUCCAGCUUGGGUCCAAGGAACCUGGAGCGCACGCCCAGGUGGUUGAGCGUCAUCACGACAUUCUACGUCGACUCUUGCUCCGAGUGGAGUCCCAGCUGAACGAGGAGGGCAUCAUCAACGUCCCGCUGGAGAUGAUAGUCGCGGAGUGCUGUCUCGCCAAGAACCUCCUCAUCAGCAUCGGCGGCAACUCGCCCUAUCAGGCCCUGUAUGGAGUGAGUCGACAUCACCAUCGACUUCGAGAAAUUGCCGUGCAGUCCAUGGUGGAUCUCACGGCCAAGCAGUGCAUCGAGCGGGCCAUGCGCGCCCGAACUCGGCGCGCGACCGAGUCGCUCAUGCUGGAGCCGGGCGACCUCGUCGACUUCCAUCGACCUCCGACGUCCAAGGACGACAGCGGCUGGCGUGGACCAGCCACGGUGAUCAACGUCGACAGCGGCACGGUGACCAUCCGAUGGCAAGCGAGGUUCAUGCAGUGCCGGACGCAGGACAUCAGGCGCGCCCUGGUCUUCCUGAGCAUGCUGACCCACCACGCCGGAGACUGGCCGGGCCUGUCGCUGACUCAGGUCCUGACGACCUUUACCGACUCGCUCAGCAAGCAGAUGAUCCGGUUGGGCUGGGUGCUACGCGGGGUGUGGCACCGCGUCAGGGCCAACGCGAAGUACGGCGAGGUGCUCUCGGCUCUCCUACACGUGGCGGCCUGCGGAUUCCACCUCGUGGGUUGUGUGGGUGGACGCGUUGGUCACGGCAUCUCCGUCCUCGAGGGCGUGGAGGAGGUCGACGACAGCUUUCUCUGGUUGUGGCGUGAAGGCCGGCCUGGCCUCUCAUGGUAUCUGCACUCCCCUGGCACGGCCAGGAUCGAACUGACCGAGGUCUUCGGCCAGGACUGGCAGAACCCGUCCUUCGUCCAGUUCCUGCUGGCCGGCGGUGACCAGGUGGAAGAUUUGCGGCGCAUGGAGGUGGACGUGCCCAACAUCGGUGGACCUCACGACCCUGAGGCGGUCGACUUUCCCGUCCCCGACGACGACGACUCGCAGGCUACGAUCGACUACGGCGAGCAGGAUCUGUUCGUGGACUCUUGUGGGUUGGAAAGCUAUCUUACUGAGCAUUGGAUGACCGACUCCGGCAUCAUCGACGUCUUCACCGACCAGCUGAGCAGCUGCGGCCCUAUCGAGAUGCUGGACGCACUCCCUAGCCUGACCGAGGCCCCCGACGCCUUGCACGACAGUGGCUAUAACCUCGUGGCCUCGGAAUGGCCUCUGCCGUAUCACGAUCAGGAACAUCCGAUUAUGGAAGUUUCCGAGCCGCCCAGUAGGUGGAUCGUCCCAGACCGUAGCCAAUGCGCGGUCACCAGCAAGAGCCUAGGACCGCUAGCGACAGGCAGCGGCGCCAGCGAGUCCUAUGGCACCUACGCCCAGGACGCCAGCCAGGCAGCGCUCAUCGAGAAGGAGUACAACAUCCUCUCGCUGGACGAGGCGCUCGCCAACCAGGAAGCCGUUGAGCAGGCCAUGUUGGGCGAGCUCGAGCGCUGGCGCGGCCUGGAGUCGUUCAGACGACAGCCUCGCUCAGAGGCCCGGAACAUCUUGGACGCCAGGUGGGUCCUAAAGUGGAAGCUCAUGCAGUUGGCGCGGCCGAUCGCGGGGCAGAAGGCUGCCAUCGAGAAGGUGCGGCAGGUCAAGGCCCGCAUGACAGUGCGCGGCUACCGCGACGCCCGGGCGGCGGACAUCGCCACCUUCUCCGGCGCCGCGUCUCGCUGGGGCCAGCGCCUAGUUGUGAUCAGCGCCGUGCAGGCAGGCUGGGACCUGUUCUGCCUGGGCGUCUCACAGGCUUUCCUGCGUGGCAUGCCGUACUCUGAGCUGGCCAAGCUCGACGGCGAGAUUUCCAGAGACGUGUCGUUCACGGUGCCACUUGGGAGCAUCCCUCUCCUUCAGAAGCUUCCGGGCUACGCCGACUUCGACGGCCGGACGGAGGUCCUGAAGAUGCUCCGGCCGGGCUUCGGGCACAAGGACGCGCCCAGGAUGUGGAACCUGGUGCUCGUCAAAACCUUGGCGGAGUUCGGGCUGCGCCCGACCACCACCGACCCUCAGCUGUUCGUGAAGCACGACUCUUCGGGACAGCUGCAGCUCAUCGUCUCCACGCACGUUGACGAUUUGAAGGGGGCCGGCGAGGUCAAGGUGCGCGACGCCUUCAUCGCCCACCUCGAGACCAAGUUCGGCAAGCUCAAGCACGAGUCCAAGUCGUUUGAGCACGUCGGCAUCACUCACUCUCAGCAGCCGGACGGCAGCAUCUGGUUGCACCAGCACGAGUACGCCAAGACGCUGGGCCUGAUCGAUAUGGCCAGGUACCGACACGAGGACCUGGAUUCACCAGCACCAACUGGGCUGGUCACAGCUUAUCAGACACUUUUGGGCGGCGUGGCUUGGAUGUGCAUGACGAACAUCGCGUGCUGUGUCUACGCCAGCUACCUGCAGCGCCACUCCAAGAGCCCGUGCUUCAGUCACGUUCGGGACUUGAACCGACUGGUUAAGUGGAUCAAGCUGCACCCGCAGACGCUCAAGUACCGCAAGCUCGAGACGCCGCUCAAGCUCGUGCGUGUCUCCGACAGCUCGUUCAGCGCCGGGGGCCCCGAAGGGCUGCUACUCGAUCUUCGCAUGCAAACCGCCUUGCACCCCGCGUUGGAGCUGUGUUUAGAUGCGCGUUCCGUCUUCGACGCCGUAACGGCGAGCACGGUCAAGGUACCGGCAGACAAGCACCUCUUCCUGCAUGUGCUCAAGCUGCGCGAAUUCCUAGACACCCGACAGCUCCGGCUCUUGUGGUGGAUAGACACCCGCAUGAUGCUGGCGGACGGCCUUACCAAGGGGUCCGUCGACCUGACCGCAGCCUCAGAGGGCAACUGGAGCCAG